GGGUUUGUCACGGAACCUAGGAGCUGGGUUCGCCUGGGUUCGUCUCGGAACCCAGGGGAGGGGUUUGCGAUGAACCCACGCCUGGUUUGAGACGAACCAAGCUCCUGGGUUCGUCUCGAAGCCAACUCUUGGGUUCCGCGACAAAACCCGCGCCUGGGUUCGUCUCGGAACCCAAGGGAUGGGUUUGCGACGAACCCGCGCCUGGUUCGAGACGAACCAAGCUCUUGGGUUCUUCUCAGAGCCCAGGCGUUGGGUUCGUCAUGAACCCAGGCAUUGGGUUCGUCUCAGAACCCAAGCGCAGGGUUCGCCGUGAACCCAGCUCCUGGAUUCGUCUCCGAAUGGAAGCUGAGGAGAUUUUCAGUUUAGGGGAAAAGAAAAUGAGGAAGAAUACGAUAAAAGCGAGAAGCUCCCGCGGAAGUAAGAAAUGGGAGCUUCCGGGAUUUGCAAAGGAAAGGCGAGAAGCUGAGCUUCUCAAAAGCUGCAGCAAGUUUUGGAAGCUGACCCGUUUGGUGCAGCUUGUGCUUUUCGAGCCAAAAAGCUCUUCUCACAAUCUGCACCAAACAGGCUCACUAAAGAGGAAUUGAAAACAGUGUAAAGGGCUUAUUUUUCCACGGAUCAUGAUUGGUGCACAUUUGAAUCCCACAUCCGGGUGUCCACCCUUGGAGUUAUAAACUUAGGGCUUGUUUGGUUUAGUUUAUUAGAGCUUUUGCUUUUUUAAUAUUGUUUAUGAGUGAGAAGUAUAAAUUUUUAUUAGAGGA